AUGGCCUCCGCGGUCCCCCACAGGGUCGGCGACACGUUCAGGGUCAAGGGCCUCAGGCUCACCGACCACUUCUUCGACGUGCCCCUGGACCACGGCUUCAGGGCUCCCGGCGUCGGCGACGUCCCCGCGGACAACUCGCGCACGAUCGAGAUCUUCGCCCGCGAGGUUGUCGCCGCGGACAAGAGGGACGACGACGCGCUCGCGUCCAUGCCGUGGCUCGUCUUCCUGCAGGGCGGACCCGGGUUCGAGUGCGCGCGUCUCACCGAGACCGGCGGCUGGAUCGCCCACGCCGUGGCGUCGCACAGGGUGCUGCUGCUGGACCAGAGGGGAACCGGCCGAUCGUCCCGCGUCUCGGCGUCGGCGUUGGCUAAAAUCGACGGCGGAGUCGACGCGCGAGCUUCUUACCUCACCUUCUUUCGCGCCGAUUCCAUCGUCGCCGACGCCGAGUGCGUCCGCAAAACACUGCUCGGACCCGGCGACGACGCCAAGUGGGCGCUCCUCGGUCAGUCCUUCGGCGGGUUCUGCAUCGCUCGAUACCUCAGCGUCGCCGCGGAAUCCGUCUCCGAGGCUUUCCUCACCGGCGGCUUACCCCCGCUGGUGCACGAGGCGAACGCCGCGGAGGCGACGUACCGCGCGUUGAUCGAACGCGUCAGGACGCAGAACGCCAAGUUUUACCGCAGGUUCCCUAACGACGUCCAGCGCGUUAGGGACGUGGUUGCGUUCGUGCGGAACCAGCCCGGGGGCCGCGUCGCCACCCCGUCGGGGGGCGAGCUCACGGUGCGGGGGAUCCAGGCGUUGGGUUUCUCGUGGCUCGGAACGUCCGGUGGCAUGGAGAGCCUCCACUACCUGUUCGAGAAGGCGUGGGAGGUGCCGCACGAGGAGCUGUCCUACGCGUUUCUCAAGUCGUGCGAGGAUGUCCACUCGUUCGACACCAACCCGCUGUACGCGUGCCUUCACGAGUCGAUCUACUGCAACGGCGGCGGACCGAGCGCGUGGGCCGCCGAGCGCGUCUUCAACGAGCACCGCAAGAUGUUCAGCGCCGACAACGCGCUCGGGUCGUCGGAUCCGCACAAGCCGGUGCUGUUCACCGGCGAGAUGGUGUUUCCGUUUAUGUUCGACGAGAUCGCCGCGUUGAAGCCGUUCAAAAACGUGGCGGAAGCGUUAGCCGCGAAGACCGAUUGGCCGGUGCUGUACGACGUGGACGCGCUCGCGCGGUGCGACGCGCCCGUGGCGUGUGCCAGCUACGUCGAGGACAUGUUCGUCGAUUUCGACCUCGCGACGGAGACGGCGUCGAGGAUCGGGCCGAACGGCGCCAGGGUGUGGUCCACGAGCGAGUACAUGCACUCGGGCGUGAGGGAAGAUGGCGCGCGGAUACUGAAGAAGCUGAUGGAGAUGGCGCGUGACGAGGAGCCGCUGCGGUGA